CUCGGACAGCUUGCUCUUCUUCAGUCUCUUCAGUCAUGAACAAAUGGCACUGAAUCCUCGAUUUCCAGAAGUAAACACAGUCGAUUUCUGGAUUCGUGGUUUGGUUUUUAGAGAUUCUGAAUGAAUUCUGGAGCUGAAUGAAAAAACAUAUUAUUGUUCGAAAUUAUUAUAUGUUUCGGUCCAAAAACAUGCGUUUUCUUUUGAACGAAAAGGAGACGUCGUGUUUUUAUAAUGGAAAAUAGCAACAAAAAUGCUACUCAAGAAAUUGUCAAGCAAGGGCUGAUGGUCAAAAGAUCUCAAAAUAAGAAAAGGUUCACUCCGGUAAAUUACAAACAACGGUGGUUUGUUCUAACUAAUCAUAGUCUGAUUUAUUACGAGCCCAAUAGUGAUUGCACGAAAGAAAGAGGACGGAUCACUUUAAAAUACAUAACGAUUAUCGAACAAGCAACGAUCAAUUCUCUAAGCACGACAGAUUUCAACAACAGUAGUUUCACUACUUCUCAAAAUAACUCAAAUUUUAUAAAUAAUAAUUUUUGCGCCUAUUGUUUUCAAAUUGGAUAUAGCGACUGUGGUCAAGACUAUUUUCUGUAUUUAAUUACAUUUAAAGAAAAAGAAAGAGAAGACUGGAUUCAAACUCUCAGAUCAGCUUGCGCCAACAACCAUUAUAAAAUUUCUAGAUAUCAUGUUUCCGAGUGGAGUGGUAAAAGGUGGCAGUGUUGUAAAGCUGUGAGUCGUUCAGCACUUGGGUGUGAACCUACUACUUCUUGGAUUCCUUCAUCUAUUUCAAAUUUUGAAGAAAGUUUUACAGAAGAUAACACGCAUUUAUCAAAUUCUUUGAAUUCUGUGGAGUCGGAAAAUACCCCUAUGGCUUCAUCGAAAUCAAAGGAUGGUAACACCAGGCCAAAGAUAGUUGUGGCGUUGUAUUCUUUCUUAGCAGUUGAAAGUGGUGAUUUGUCUCUUGAAAAGGGUAAGGAAUACGAAAUAGUGGAUAAUUCUCAGGAACAUUGGUGGAAAGCGAAAGAUCAGCACGGGAAAAUUGGCUACAUUCCUAGUAAUUAUGUCAAAGAAAAAGACUUAUUGGGGCUGCAGAAAUACGAAUGGUACGUGAAUGAUAUGUCACGUCAACGAGCAGAAUCGUUGUUGAAACAAGAAGAUAAAGAGGGCUGUUUUGUAGUACGUAAUUCUUCCACAAAAGGAUUCUACACACUUUCUUUAUACACAAAAGUACCGAUGGGUCAUUGCAAACAUUAUCAUAUUAAACAAAAUAGCAAAGGAGAAUAUUUCCUUUCGGAAAAACAUUGCUGUGCUUCAAUUCCAGAACUGAUCAAUUAUCAUAGGCAUAAUAGUGGAGGCUUGGCAUCGCGUCUCAGGAUUUCUCCUUGCGAUAGGCCUGCACCGGCUACAGCCGGACUUAGUCACGAUAAAUGGGAAAUCGAUCCUAGUGAACUGAUCUUAUUGGAGGAACUGGGUUCAGGGCAAUUUGGCGUAGUCCGUAGGGCCAAAUGGAGAGGUUAUAUUGAUACAGCGGUUAAAAUGAUGAAGGAAGGAACAAUGUCAGAAGACGAUUUUAUUGAAGAAGCAAAAGUAAUGACAAAAUUACAACAUGCAAAUCUAGUCCAGUUAUACGGAGUAUGUAGUAAACACCGACCCAUAUAUAUAGUUACUGAAUACAUGCGACAUGGUUCAUUGCUCAAUUAUUUACGACGCCACGAAACAAAUCUCAUUAUUAAUACUCCUUUACUUUUGGACAUGUGCAUUCAGGUUUGCAAAGGAAUGGCGUACUUGGAAAAACAUAAUUACAUUCAUAGAGAUUUAGCUGCUCGAAAUUGUCUCGUUGGUUCAGAAAAUAUCGUGAAAGUAGCCGACUUUGGAUUGGCGAGAUACGUUUUAGAUGAUCAGUAUACCAGUUCUGGCGGUACCAAAUUCCCAAUCAAAUGGGCUGCUCCAGAGGUUCUCAACUAUACUAGAUUCUCUUCGAAAUCAGAUGUGUGGGCUUAUGGCGUCUUAAUGUGGGAGAUAUUUUCAUGCGGUAAAAUGCCUUAUGGAAGGUUGAAAAAUACCGAAGUAGUCGAAAGAGUUCAACGUGGCAUUAUUUUGGAGAAGCCCAAAUCCUGUGGUAAAGAAAUUUACGACAUAAUGUGUAAUUGUUGGGCACAUUCGCCUGAAGAUAGGCCUUCAUUUAGAGCUCUAAAAGAGCAACUUCAUAUUGUUUCUCAAGGAUUAAUUACCGACUAAUUACGUGUGUACGUUGCUUUGUUCGCAAAUACUACGACGCCUGGAUCGAUGUAUAUUCUACAAGUUUUAACCAUUCUUUGUUUUACUUUAUCAUCUUUUAAUAUUUUUCUACGAAGUUUUCGUACUUGUUACUGUUCUUUAAAAUUUUAUUGUUAUUGUUAAGAUAUCAUUUUAACGUUUCCAUUUUAGCAGUAUUAUUUUACAUUUAUAUGAUUUUUAUUUUUUACUGAUUUUUACCGAUUUAUUUUAAGUUUGUGUUUUUUUUUUGUUUUUUUUUUCAAUGAAUUUUUACGGCAUUAUUAUGAUUUGUAGAAUGAUAGAUGAUUAACUGCCUUCAGUUCGCUCCUUCGAAUUAUUAUUUGUACUCAAUUUCUUACUCAAUAUUGUUAUUGAAAACAGUUUUUGAAAAGCUCAAGAAAAUCUUUAAUUGUAUAAAUUCGCAUUCCUUAUUCUGAAAAAUUGUUCUUAAUUUUUAAAAUCCAAUCUGUAUUUAUUCAAUAACGAAAAGCAACUGUGUAAGAUAUAAGUGAUGAUUUGAGAGAGAGGGUUGAAGACUAGUAUUAUCUACUAAUGAUUUUAAUGUACCUUUUUGAUUAUUUAAAUGAUGCAUUUAUUUUUAUUUAUUGUAAGAACAACAAUGAAAAUUUUAAUCAAAUUGCUUGAGCUGCGAAAUCAAGUUUAUGUUAAGUUGGUAGGUAGAUUUUUCUAUUUAACUGUAAAAACUACACAAAAAAAACGAAAAUUUCAAAUUUAUGUAUUUAAAUUCGAAUAAACUAUCUUCCUUUAUCGUAUAA